AUUUUUGAAGUUAAUGUGUAAUCACUCAUCAAACACUCAUGUACAGAAAUGCAGUCAAUGCAGUCCGCAGCUGACAUUGAGGUUUAAUGAUCAGGUUCAUAAUGAAGUUCAUCACUGCUUAUUUUUUAUGUUUUUCUCUUUAUAUUUGCAUUGGUAAAGUUCAUGCACAAUACAACUAUGAUGAUGACUAUGACUAUGAUGAUGAAAAGUGCAAAAUGACAGAAUCCAUUAUUGGAGGUACAGUAAAAUACUCCAACAAUGGUUUUGUGAGAAGUGAGGUAACCUACCACUGCAAAGAUGGAUAUAAACCCUACCCAAUCUCUAAGAAAAUCUGCAAAUCUACAGGAAAAUGGGAGCCAGACAUAUCCAGGGUGAUAUGUGAAGAGUCAUUUGAUUAUGAAAUUAUUGAAGAGCCUCAAAAGAACUGCUCUGUGGCAGAGAUUUUAAAGGGAGGCACAGUUUCCUACUCCAAUGAAGGCUUAGAAGGCAGUGUGCUGACAUACCACUGUAAUUCUGGAUACUACCCUUAUCCAGUCAGCACCAGAGUUUGUAACUCCAGAGGGGAGUGGUCAGUCAUGACACUGCUUAAUGGCAAGAUAGUGACUACUGCCAGAUGCAAAGACAUUCUUUGCCCAGCACAUCUUCAGCUGGAUAAUGGCCAGUUUUGGCCCAGGAAACAGUGGUUUAAGAUUGGAGAGGAGCAGGAAUUCUCAUGCAGGGAGGGUUUCACCUUGUCAGGUUCAGCCAUGCGGAACUGUACUGAAUGGGGCCACUGGACUGGUACCCUUCCUAUAUGCAUGGAUGAAACUGAUGGCUGUAAAGAUCCAGGGAUUCCUCCUGGAGCUAUACGCUCUGGAGAACGCUUUGACAUCAGUAACCAAGUGACAUACCGCUGCCAGUCAGGCCUGGAUCUACUGGGACCUGAAAUAAGAGUGUGUCUGGAUUCAAAAGAAUGGAGUGGACCUGAGCCACGCUGUCAAGCUCCUUAUGUUUUUGAUUUACCUUCAAGUGUGGCUCAGGCUUUGGAUGGUUCUCUGUCUGCUGUAAUGGACAUUUCAUUCUCUGAGUUCAAAAAGAAAAGCUCAAUCUAUGGGAGAAGCUUGAAAGUAGCAGAUGGUCGACUCAACAUUUUUAUUCUAAUAGACACGUCAGGAAGCAUUCAGGAGGAUCAGUUUCAGAAGGCAAAGCUGGCCACUGCUAACCUAAUACGCAAGUUGAGUAGCUAUGAUGCUGAAAUGAAGUUUGAUAUCAUUUCCUAUGCCAGUGAGCCUCAAGAUAUUAUAACAGUUUUGGACCCACUUAGUGCCAACACGGAUGUGGUCUUGAAUAAAUUGGAAAUGUUUGCUCAGACCAAACAUGGGGAAAAGACUGGUACCAAUCUUUUUAAAGCCCUCUCAUCUGUGCAUGAUAGACUUGCCUUCCUCAGGGACAAUAAUCGAACCCGGUUCAGCGAGACUCAGAAUGUCAUUCUCAUUGAGACUGAUGGCUACUCCAACAUGGGAGGCGACCCACUACAUGUUCUGGGUUUGAUUCGUGACCUUAUGAACUACAAAAGAAAUUCCCAUGAUCACUCACAUGAGGAGCUUCUUGAUGUCUACGUAUUUGGCAUUGGGGAAAAGGUUAAGCUGUCUGAGCUAAAACAACUAGCUUCCAUUAAAAUUAGAGAGAGGCAUCUCUUUAUCCUAAAAAAUUAUGAGCAUCUAGGGGAGGUGUUCAAUAGGAUGAUCAAUGAUUCUACUGUAACCAAAUGUGGAGUGGCUCAUGAGAUGGUUUCUCCAAGAACCAAUAAUGAUGCUGAUUAUGAUACUGAUAUACCUCAGCCUGCGUAUACCAGGCCUUGGCAUGUUUCUCUUGAUUGGCAAGGAAAGCCAUGCCAGGGCUCAAUUUUGACUAAGGACUGGGUGAUCACAUCUGCACACUGUGUGAUGAAACUAAAUAAUGGUUUGAUUGAAUGGGCCAAUGCCGUGGAUGUGAAAAUUAAGCAUGGUGAUGGACAAGUGAAUGGCUUAUUGCUAAUCCCUCAUCCAGAUUUCGAUGUCACAAAACUUAAGGACAAGAACAUCAAUGAGUUUUAUGACUAUGAUGUUGCACUCAUUAAAGUGCACAAGAGCAUUCAGCUAUCUUCUAAAGCAAGGCCUGUUUGUUUGCCGUGUACAAAAGCUUCGAAUCGAGCUCUUAAGAUGAGUAAUGACUCUACUUGCAAGAAACACCAAAGUGCCCUGCUUGAUCUGCAGCAGACUCAAGCGUACUUUAUCAGUCAGGCGAAAACGCGAAAGCCGACUCACAUCCAAACUGGAGAAAAGAGAGGUGAUUGCAUUGAGCAGUACAAACCAGCAUUGGCUUCAAACAACCAGGUGUCUCUGACUGAUGUGAUCACAGACAGGUUCCUGUGUACCGGAGGAUCGAAGAAAUACAAAGAUUAUAUGACUUGCAAAGGUGACUCUGGAGGUUCCCUCUUCCUUCGUAAGGGAAUGCGUUAUUUUCAGGUGGGAGUCGUGAGUUGGGGCACUAGAUUAGUGUGUGAGUCGACGACCCCAAUUGUUCCUGAUCCUCCUGUGGAUGCCCGUGAUUUCCACAUCAGUGUGUUCUCCAUUAUGCCUUGGCUUAAAGAGCACUUAGGGCAAGAUUUGGAAUUCCUGCCAAACUGAAUUAAGCAGGAAGGUUGGACAACACAUUUCAAUAUAUCCUUUUCGGUAUUAUAGAAUUUUUUAAAAUUGUUGUUCCUUGAUAUAAUUCUUCUGAGGUGGAAAUCUGCACCUCCCAUACUGGUUACAUGACUGCGUUCUUUUUGGGGGUUUUUAAGUAAGUAGUACUACAGGGUGGACAUGGCAACGCUCUAAGCAUGCUUUCAGGGAAUGCUGCAAGGUCAAACAUUUAAUUUACGAAACUGGGGGGGAUGGCAGGAGUUCAGCCAUAAGAGUGUAAUAU